GCCGUCGGCAAGAGUUGGCCAAACAGUUUUGGGCAUAUAAAAGCCAUUGGAGAUCAUCGCAUUCACAGCACACAUCUUUCGUUGAGCGCAGUCUAAACACUUGAAAUCAUGAAAUUCCUGAUCAUUGCCAUCGCCUUCUUGGCCUGCGCCUUCGCCGAUGUCUCAGAGCUUUCGGGCUACGACUACCAGCAGCCAGCUCCUGCUCCCGUGGAAACCUACAUCCCACCCGCACCGCCAGCACCCGCACCCGUCGAGACCUACAUUCCCCCGGCACCACCAGCACCCGAGUACAUCCCACCUGCUCCUGUCCAGGCCGAGGAGCCCAUCAUCGAGGAGAUCGAGCAGCCCGCCCAGGACGGCUACCGCUACAAGACCGUCCGUCGUCGCGUCUUCCGUCACCGCAACUAAGAUGAAAGCCAUUUGUUAUUGUUAAUUUGUUGACUCGAGUGCAAUUGCUGAAUACCAUCUUUGGAAAUUCACUUGGAGAGUAAAUAUCUAUCUGUGAAAAAUUAUUCGUUGUCUUGUACUUCUUUGGUUGUUAUCAAAGUUUAGUUCGCAGGAAAAUAUACCACAAAAUUUAAAA